AUGAAAUCAAAAUGGCGUCCAUAACAUGAGUUGAUUAAUAAAGUUUUUUGAUUUGACCUUUAAUAUAUUUCAUGCCAGGAUUAUUGAAGUAGAUUUAACCUGUCAAUAUGAAUAUGAAUGUAGUUAGAUCAAUACAACCAGUUGUUAAUUCAAUUAGUAGUAGAUUGUUCAGCACAUCAACAUGUUUACAAGAAAUAAGAAAGAUGGCUAGAAUGAGAGUUGUUGACAAUAGUAGUUUAGGUAAAGCAGCCAGAGUAUCAGGACAACCAGCCCGUGUAAUACAUGUUUAUACUAAAAAUGGUGUGGCUACCUUAGGUGACAAGGUAUUAGUGGCAGUCAAAGGACAAAAAAAGAAAGCCUUCAUUGUUGGUGUAAAACAAAAGCAAAAAGCUAAAAUACCGCGAUUCGACACAAAUAAUAUAGUUCUCAUUGAAGAUAAUGGAGCUCCUAUAGGUAAUAAAAUAACUGUUCCUUUGCCAUCACUUCUACGUAAAAAGGAAGGUGACAUUACUAAGGUUAUGCCUUUAGCAAACAGAUUUGUUUGAAUAUAUGUUUAGUAGACAUUUUCAUAUGUGUGGUGUAAGAAUGCAAAAUAAAAAGUCUUUUUAUAUCUCA